UAAACAGUUGGCAGAAUUUGAGCGUUCGGUGUGACGAUAGUCUGCCGUCGGCGUCCGUUCGUAGGAAAGCGAGAAGGCAUUGAAGGAUACACCUUUGUCAGAUUAAAGUAAAACGAAUUGGUAGAAAAAAGGAAGCUGGUAUUGAGAAAAGUAGGAUUCAGUAACUGAAGGGUAAUCGACUAAUAGUUUCAACUUCGUUUUGGAUUCGUUGACCUCUUGAACUCCCCGCGGGUUUUUUCUUUCUCGCGAGGUGAAUAACAGUGGUACAUAGUCGAACCUCUGACCCCUCCUCGGGAGGUUUGCGCCUCGGCGCCUAAGCUAUACCAAAGGAAAGAGCAAGACAUUGCGGAAACAGGAAGGUUAAGAGGACGGCACGAGAGGGAGAUCGCGCCGUCCAUCACCAUGAAGCUCGUUGACCACGUGGUGAGGAGCUUCAAGGUGGCCAAGGUUUUUCGUGAAAAUUCCGACCGCAUAAACAGCAUUGACUUUUCACCGAACGGAGAUACUUUGAUCUCUUGUUCAGAGGAUGAUCAGAUCGUGAUAUAUGACUGUGAGAAAGGCACUCAGGUGCGUACAGUCAAUUCGAAAAAAUAUGGUGUAGAUUUAAUACAUUUCACACAUGCGAAGAAUACCGCGAUACACAGCAGUACUAAGAUUGACGAUACGAUUCGUUAUCUAAGCCUACACGACAACAAGUAUAUAAGAUACUUCCCAGGGCAUAGCAAGAAAGUUGUGUCGCUAUGCAUCAGUCCUAUAGAAGACACAUUUCUUUCCGGUUCUUUAGACAAAUCAUUAAGACUAUGGGAUUUACGUUCACCUAAUUGUCAUGGUGUUAUGAAUGUUUCUGGACGCCCAGUUGCUGCCUAUGAUCCAGAAGGUCUGAUUUUUGCAGCAGGUGUCAAUUCCGAGUUCAUUAAAUUAUAUGACUUGCGCAGUUUUGACAAGGGGCCAUUUGUUACAUUUAAAUUAUCACAAGAAAAGGAGUGUGACUGGACAGGAUUGAAGUUCAGCAGAGAUGGCAAAACUAUACUGAUUUCCACAAAUGGUAGCACCAUUCGUUUGAUCGAUGCAUUUCAUGGAACACCAUUACAGACAUUUGCUGGUUAUCUGAACAAUAAAGGAAUUGCAAUUGAAGCUAGCUUUAGUCCCGACUCACAGUUUGUAUUCAGUGGAUCUACUGAUGGUAGAGUGCAUGUAUGGAAUGCUGAAACGGGAUACAAAGUUUGCGUGCUUAACGGUGAUCAUCCUGCACCAGUUCAAUGUAUUCAAUUUAAUCCUAAAUAUAUGAUGUUAGCAUCAGCAUGUACCAAUAUGGCAUUUUGGUUACCAACUGUUGAUGAAAGUGCAUAAAAUUAAUGCAUUAAACACUGGGUGAGAAAUGCUUGUAAGAGUUUACAUAAUUUUGUGCAAGAUUAAAAUGCCAGUGUUGGAAUGAACCCAAGAAGCUGAGGACUUGCUGUAUUAUCCAGGAUUGGCCUGCUUGGUUCAUAGCUCGCUUUGAGUACAUCAUCUACUGUUUAUGUAUUUCGCCAUCUUCGUCGUCGUGUACUCUAUGGUGCGAUGUAUGUGAUCAUCGUAAUACGUUGUCAAUAUUUAAGAACCGUGAUAUACUGUUGCUUCACUUCUUUCUCAAAGCAUACUACAAAUAUCACUAGUAUUUGGAUGUGUCAUCUUGUGUACAUAAUUCCUUCUUGUGUACCUGUGUGUAGCAUAAUGAUACAGAAUUAUCUAUCCUACACUGAAAAACUUUUGAAUUGUAAAUUUGAACCUAAUAGGGUUCAGCCUCUGACUCGUAUAAGCUGGUCUUCUUUAUUGUGGUGUGUGACUGAUUUGUCCAGUUACUUUUGAAAUUUUAUAUUUAAACUAGUUUCGGAACAGUCAAUGAUUUUUACAUACGCAUCUUUAUUAUUACAUUGUAUUUUUGACUAUAAUUCCAUGAAGUCAUAUUUCACUUACACAUUUGGGAUUGUCACAGAAAAGAAAUUAAUCCACGAUAAACUAUUCCAGCAAGAUUAUACAUGUACAUAGAAUAUUUGACUAAGCAAAUCAGCUUACUAGAAACAAGUUUGAAGUACUAAUGAAAAAUAAAGAAAAAACGUGAAUGAAUUCGUAAAGAUAAUACUUAAGAAGAAAUAUCAUAUGCUAUGUACACAUGAAGUUCUGGGACACGUAAAUGCACAUACACGUGUGCUUUCGUCCAAUUCUAGGGUAUUAGUAUCCAAAAACAGUGAAUCGUAGCCGCUAAUAUUGCGUACGGAGAAAUUCUAAUGAGUGUAUUGUAUCGAUAGAAAUCGAGUGAUUGUGGUUACGUUGUUUAAAUUUCUCCCCAGUGGCCGUCCGAAAUCAGGGAUAUAUUUUGUUCUCAAACCUUGUCAUUAACAGUGUCUACUCGAAAUUUAAACAAUAUGCAACGACACAUCGUCGAGUGCAUAAGAACGAUAGUUAUCGAGCUUAUUUAUUGUGCACUAUAAACAUGCGGACGUUCGAAAUAGACACUCUGUUGACGGCAGUAAGGUAUCACAAAUAUUUUUACGGCUUCCAUGCGAUAAAGGUAUAAUAAUUCAGAAAGUAUACUGCCAUUGACGGCACUUAUGUUAUUAGAUAUGUAUUAUUCUAGAUAUGGUACCGUUUUUAAUCUACAUGCGUGGAACCGGCAGGCCGGGUGAGAAACAUUCGAUGACGGUUGAAAGUGCGGUUAAGUCUAAUCGUCUCACAGUAAUUCAGUAAAUUUUAAUGUUCAUGUCAUUGCAACAUGACGUCUCAUCUUCAAUAAGGAAAACAGGUAUACUCGAAUGGACAGAGUGCUUGCACACGCGCGGGUCACUGUUUUUAAUAUAAAAAUUAUUAAGAGAAAAAUAAGAAGAAAUUGACAAUCCAUAAUUUGUUGUAUUAUACAAUUGAAAUAGUCGAACGAGAUUGUCUGGUUUGACUAUACACGUGUUCGAUACGAUGUAAAGACUAUUCUAUAAUGUUAUUGUCGCUGCAAGAGAAAUUCCAUCGGAUGUAGUAUUACACAAUUUUGUGCAACUUGUCGCACGCGUUUACAAUUUAUUUGUGCACGUUCUGUCCGUUCGAUUAUAUAGUCCUGUCUUUAUCAUACAUGUACAUAUAUAUCAUUAUAUUCACAGUGUCCUCUAGAAUUUCUAGAAGUUUUCCUUAACAUACUUUAUGCAAAAGUAGACAAUUAUAAUAAACUAUACGAAAAGCGUGCGAGUAUGUAUGUACGUACGAUUGCGCGUUUGUGUAUUGUUUAAUCAAUUCCACCUACUGCAGUGCGUUUGUAUGUGUAUAUGUAUGUAUGUGCGUGCUUGCGUGCGUGUCGGUAACUACGCGAGAAUGUAUCUUUGUACGUAGAACGUGUUUGCUUGUAUAUCUCCGAGUUUCGUGAGCUCGAAUGCAUUACAUUGUAAGUUGAAUAUGGGAGAAUUCGCCUCGUCUUGUAAAAUAGUAUUUUUCUAAAUGACGAAACAACGUGUGUGCAACUAUAUCGUGAUUCUGUGUCGGAGCAAACGAUGUAUACCGAUUAUGUUAUUUAAGAAAUGCGUCCUACGACACGAGAUACAGACGUUCAGAGACGGUAUAAGUGAAAUCGUCUCCUGAAAGUACCACGAUCGAUCCACGUAUAUAGAUUAAACACACUAUCUCAUACUGCCAACUUAUAAAAUCGAACGGGUAUGUCUCAAACACUGACGGUAUAUUGAUCAACUGCAGACUUUCUGUUACGUUUGUGAACACUGUGUUCUCGAAAAGAAGGAAAAAGAAGAAAACAGAAUUUGUAUAUAUCUGUGACAAGUUACGUGAUGAAACUCCGAUCCGAUCGGCGAUCAUACGACGCUUUAACGGAAACUGAAGACGAUUGACCGAUCGGGUCUUUUAUCUGUUCCAAGUUAGGAACGUAAAGAAAAAGAUUAACGAUUCCCUUUUUAUUGAGAUAACUUGAUGUCACCCUCAUCACUUUGUACAUACAUAUAUCUAUUGAGAAAAGAAAAGUCGAAAAAAAUAUAAAACAUUCUUUUUUAUGGAUUUGAAUUCUUUGUCAAAUUCGAUCGCACGUUUUUAAUUCUGCUGUGUUGCGCGACGCGGAUACGCGAUCAAUCGCAAACAAAACUACCGACUUCGUAUGAUCAGAUCAUGUUUACUGUCAUUGUCAAAUGAAUGAAAGAUGAGAAACAAGAAACUGCAAAAUUGAGCCCUUUCUCGUAAUCGUCGAUUCAUGCGGCUACUUAACAUAGGGAUUUAGAAUUAAACUCAAGAUAGCCAUAUACUGUAUGGCGCUCGAAACAUAGAGAAAUAUUCUAGGAAAAUAUUCGUUGAAUACAGAAAAAGAAGAAUGAGAGGAUACCAAAUGUAUUGUGAUUCGCCGACACAAUUCGUCGCUUAAAUUAUUUAUAUCUAGACAUUUGUUACGGCUCGCUGUCUAAGUUCCUACGUUAAGUUCUCGUACGAGUUACUGUCGAGUGUUUUAUAUAAAUGAAUUGUAGUGUCACGGUCAGUACUAAUUUCUAGGAUCGAAGAUUUACAUUAUCUGCGCAAUUUAGAACCAGCCGAACGUUACAACAUGAUUUCAUGGUAGCGUGACUUAGAGAACUAGGAACAUACGAAAAGAAACAUCCGGAUUAUUGAAUUGCCAUCAGCUUGAAAGACUGGACAGUGACGCGACAUCUUCCAAUGGUAACACGAGAGUACGCACAUUUUUAAUGUUACAUUUUAUUCACGAUCACCGUCAGGACUUCCAUUUUAUUGUUCUUCUGAUCCUUAAAGAGAAAUAUUUUGAUUAUUCGAUCGAGAUAAUGAGGUAACUAAUUGCAAUUUGAAUUACUGGAUUUCAUAAAGUGUGUACUCAACGCUUUUUUUUUUCAUAAACCAUAUAUUUUUUUUACGUGUACAAGUAAGUAGUAAAUAAGGGUUACGAUUCAGGACAAUUGUAUUAUAUACAAUAACAAAGAAGUAGUCCGUAUUGUUUUGUAUAAUUGUAUAUCACAAGAAUCCGUUCGAGGGAGUGAAAAGAAAAAUAUUAAAAACUUUAGCGACCGUAUUUAUCUAUGUUCCAGUUCACUAAGCUGAGAGAAUAUUCUUGCGGUCAGAUAAAAUUCUCUUCCACUGACAAGUAAACGUAACAACAUAUCAACACGUUUAUUAGAAAACUUUUAAUUACAUGUUCUUUUAAGUGUGUCCAAAAAGUAUGCAUAUAUUUGAAUUUUUCUUACUGAUAACAAUUUAUAUACGUGCGCAAAGCAAAUUUUUCUGUUCUCAAAACAAAAAGAAAUGGGAAAAGUACUUUCACAGAACGAUUGAGAUUUACUGGAAAAGAAAGGAGAAAAAUUCUAAUAAAACACUUUUUUUGUACAUCAAAAUUUGGUCUUAUCAUUUUAUUUCUACAUUCGUUUUCAACGAUGGUUGAAUAUUACCUUACCAGUGAAACACUCAAUAUUACAAGAAUUCAUUUUUGUGGGUAUAAUUUUUUUUAACGAUUGUUCACAAUUUAUAAUCAUUUUGAAGAUCGUUAAGUGAUACUACGAUAUAUACUGUAUAGCGAUGUGAUUGUUCGAAGCUAAAUAAUACGUGUGUUAAUAUAACUUAAUUACUCCAAUGAAGUAAAUCAGUGGAGUUUCUAGUAACUAUAACGCUGUUCAAAUGCUGCGAGUCUUAAAUGAUAUGAUUUCCCUGUUAAACUUCCGUUUUUCCCGUACGAUAAAUUUCUCAUUUGUGAUAUAUUACAGAUACUGUGCAGAAAUUUCGUUUGAAUCCGGUAAUGUCUUUGAUAGUUUAUUUUUAUACUUUUGUAGGUUGUAUCAGCUGCAUUUACCGUGAUUUAUUUAUGACUAUUCAUAUAGUUACGAAAGUGUAAUACGAACGAGAUAUUUGUGAAUUCCAAAAAACGGAUUGCACUUGUGAUCACUGUCAUAAGAAAUAUUUUAUUUAUAACUCUGUAGUUACAGGAAUCCAAUAUACAUACACGACUAUUGUAAAUCGUAAAACAGGUUCUUGAAAUAAAAUUCGAGUAACAAGUAUGA